AUGGACGGCAGCUACCACCUAACACCCGAGAACAUCACCGCCGAAGCUUGGCAAGAAUGGGUUGAUUGGGCUUUCGCGAAUCCAGUUGACAUGGGCACAGAGGCGAUCCCGAAUGUAAAGAAGGCUGAAUUGACGCACUAUCUACUCCAAUGUGGUUACGGAGCCGGGCUCACAUACCCCAACACAACCUGCGCUACUUGCUCAUCAGAACUCGACACAUCAGGACUUACACUUUACACAACAACCCAGGAAAUCUUUUGUACUAAAAGCAAGGCCCUCAAUCAUCCACCACUAUCCUGUGUGCAAGGCUGUGCGUUAAAGUUUCAUACAUUGGAAAAUCUCAGGGAGCAUUGCAGAAUUACCAAUCAUGAAGCUCUCUGCUGCCCCUUCCCAGGAUGUAUCGUUGCAUGGAAUGCUUCUUCCCAUGGUGAACAUCACCUGAAGAAAUGCCACGGAGCAAUACAACUCGCAUGCCACCAGUGUGGGGGCGUAUUUAAAAAUAUGGGCCAUCUCGACCACCAUGCCUAUCGUAGCGGACAUUCUGCAUAUAUUUGUCGAUAUCCUGAUUGCGAAUCGACAGCUGGGAGACUCAGUGACUUGAUUCGGCACCAAGCACGUCACGAGGAAGAUGUUCCCCGCCAUCCAUGCCCCCAUUGUUCUACAUAUCGAGGCAAUGACGGGUUCAAGAGGAAGGAUCACCUCAAGCAGCACAUCGGAAAUUAUCACAAGAUUGAGAUCCGCCAUACUGGCCUCAUAUUUCAUUCUCCAUUUCUCUGCAAACAUGUCAAUUGUCAGAGCCCUGCUGCGAUUCGUACUCAAGAUCUUAGAUCUCUCACCGACCUCACCCAGCACAUGCUUGUCGAGCAUAACUCCUCUGCAUUUAUCUGCGAUAGACUGUCCUGCGAUCGGGUAGGACUAAACGGUUUCAACACAAAUACGCUUCUUCGGGAUCAUAUCAAGAAGGAUCACCCCUCACCAUUCCAGUGCACUCACCCCGGAUGUGAUCGGGUCGGUUCCAAAGGCUGGCUUCGAGAGAGAGACCAGAAGAAGCAUAUGUUCCAGAAGCACGGAAUCAGUGUCUGA